AUGUCGCCUAAUGUUGUGACUUACAGCUCAAUCGUCGCUACCCUAUCCAAGGCUCAAGCAAUGGAAAAGGCUAGGGAGGUCCUUACUAGGAUGGUCAAGAAUGGUGUUAUGCCUGAUUGCAUCACGUACAAUAGUCUUUUGCAUGGAUAUUGCUCAUCGGGAAAGCCCAAAGAGGCCAUUGGGAUUUUCAGAAAAAUGUGCAGAGAUGGUGUUGAACCGAAUGUAGUCACUUAUAACAUGCUCAUGGACUAUCUCUGCAAGAAUGGAAGAUCCAUGGAAGCUAGAAAGAUCUUUGAUUCUAUGGUCAAGAGGGGCCACAAGCCUAAUAGUGCUACAUACGGUACUCUGCUUCAUGGGUAUGCUAGUGAAGGAUCUCUUGUUGAGAUGCACCAACUCUUGGAUGUGAUGUGA